AUGUCAUCGAAGGUAUUGAACAUAAAUGUGGGUCUUUUGGGACACAUCGACAGCGGGAAGACAUCUCUGGCCAAAGCGUUGUCCACAACUCAGUCCACGUCUUGUUAUGAUAAGAGCCCUCAAAGCCGUGAGAGAGGGAUAACCAUUGAUUUGGGCUUCUCUUCGGUACGGAUGUCGUGUCCCAAACAUCUCAUGCCAGAGACGGAUCCGUUAGCCGCGGGCGUCGGCGGCACAGAUGCGGGACAAUCGGCGGCCACCAGUGAUUGGACACUGCAGAUGACAUUCGUGGACUGUCCCGGACACUCGUCACUCAUUAAGACCAUCGUUGGCGGCGCUCAGAUCAUCGACAUUAUGGUUCUGGUGGUGGAUGUGAUGAAAGGCGUUCAGACACAGACAGCCGAGUGUCUGGUGAUCGGAGCCAUCACUUGCGACAAACUUGUGGUCGCUUUAAAUAAAGUGGAUUUGAUUCCCGAGAAUAAGCGCGAGAUUGCCGUCGAGAAGAUGUCCAAAAGGAUCGCAAAGACAUUAGAAAAUACGAGAUUCAAAUCGGCGCCCAUUAUAGCAGUGGCCGCACAUCCGACCGAUCAGAAUGAAGACAACGCCGACACCGCGGGAAGCGUUGAAAGUGAUGUGAUUAGUGAUGCCAUUGGAAUCGAGGCUUUGUUGAACACAAUUUGUCAACAAAUCUCUUAUCCAAAACGAAGUCCAAACGGAGAGCUGAUCCUAUCGGUUGACCAUUGCUUUUCAAUCCGCGGUUCCGGCACUGUAUUGACUGGAACUAUAAUCCAGGGAUCAAUUGCUGUCAAUGAUAAUAUAGAGAUCCCUUCACUGAAAACCAUUAAAAAAGUGAAAUCAAUGCAAAUGUUUCACCAGAAGAUUGAUAGAGCCAUUCAGGGCGAUAGAGUCGGUGUUUGUGUCACACAAUUUGAUCCCAAACUACUGGAACGGGGAGUC